AUGCGAAGUUAUCAUGAUUCAUUUUGUUUUACCAUAUUCCUGUGUGUUCCUGGCUUAAUUAUAUACUUGUUCGAUCUCAUCUUCAGAUUUGCCAAUGGAAAGGAGUGCAUCUUCAAACUGACUGGCUUCCUUAGCAGCCUAUCAGCUUUCAUGUUUGAAGUAGUUAUUGCAAGUUACCCAUACUGGCGCCUGUGGGAAUUCAACAACAAUGCUGUGCAGUUUGUGUCCUUUGGACUCUGGGAAGCUCAGUACUCUCAAGAGUUUAAUGUCUCAGGAACCAUAACCAAGGUGCUGGUGCAUACCCCUAUCAAUUCCACCUGGAUCAUUUCACCUGAAUUUCAGUAUGCACAGAAUCUGAUAAUAUGGGCUAUUUUGAUGAAACCUGUAGUACUGGUAUUCAGUGCAAUGGCUAUUAAGAUCAGCUGCAUGAAAAACCCAGUUGUUGAGAUGCAAAUAUAUUGCUACAAGUUUGCUGCCUUAGUUUUGUGUGUUAGCAGCCUCUUCACAUUUGUUUCUGUGAGCUGGAACCACUUUGCAGAUCAUUAUGAUCAAACCAUUCUUAAAUUUCCGCCUGAAUUUCCUGUUAAAAAAGAAGCCUUGAUAAGGAAACACUAUACUGCUGUGUUCCCUUUAGCAGUCCUGACAGCCACCAUGUCACUCUUUGGUGUGAUCAUCUUUCUGUCUGAGAUAAGUUCUUUGAAACUUCAGAGUCAGGUGAAGGCCAAGUGUGCUUCCAAGUUCACCAAACAAGAGGUCUGA